AUGAUUAUUUCCUGUCCUGUGUUGUCUCACAUAUUCAUGAUGUCCUCAGCUUCACUCUCCAUAUUUCCUCUUACCUAUCUUGGAAAUUCGGUGUUGCAGGAAGCCAGCGGUGAUGAACUGGAAACGAUUUACGAACUCCUAUUGUCCUAUUAUUUGGAUUUUCUGUGUAAGGUGUCCAGUCGCUCCAAACAUCUCCGAUCAUACGCUGAUGCGAUGUCGAGAGCUUACUCGACUGUUGUAAUGACCGUCGGUAAUGGCCAGUUCAGUCUACGUUUCAUCGGUACUGAAAAGUGUGGUGAUCAAACGUUUAGAAAGCACUUAGAGAAGAAUUUCAAUCCGGAGCAACUUGUUUAUUUCAACUGUUACUACUUUGAAGUGGUAACUCCUAUGGGUGGAAAUAAAAAUAAGUGCUUCGCCUAUUUUCGACGUGCAGUUGACACGCGUCGAUGUGUUCCGGAGGACGCAUUGUUCGAACUUGACGAUAGAUUAAGCGGUUGGUUGCUGAUGAACCGACAUAUUCCUCGUCCACCAUUAAUUUAUUGUAUUGUUUCAACAAAGAAGCCAGGGAGCGGUCUUGUUUGUUAUGCCUUUCUUGCAGACAACGUCCAGGAGGGGCUCCGAACCCUGAGAUGUCUAUCGGAAUUAAGACAGUUUGCAGCGCAGAAUGUGACGAAAUUUGACGGAGCGCAAGAAGUACCUCAUAAUUAUGUACAGAACUUCAGUGGACGGUCUUCAAGAGAGAGAGUGGAAUAUUCAAGGCGUGCUUCACGACUGCAUCCGAAGGCACCACAUCCAAAACGGUCGAGGUCUAAUGACCCACAUAUGAACCGAUGGAGUAGACAAACAUGUACGGAAUGUUGUUCUGAAGCGUCGAAGUACUUUUCAGAUGUUAUGAGAAUGCCGCCCAAUCUAUGUCGCUCACAUGCCAACCUCAUUCAUCAGUCUGAAGAGGCACCUUCAUGCGUAUUGUGUGAGCGUGCAUACUGUUCACUAUGCGGUGAGAUAGUCGAUUCGGAUUCAAGCUCUUCGGAGUCUCAGACCAAACGCAACCGUAAGAUACAAAGGCGGCUGGGUCGUGAGGCUUUAGAUUAUUAUAGAAGGCGGCGACAGCAAAUGAGCCUUGAUCGAGACCAUCCCCGGCGUAUCCACCAAUGUAUCUCGGAUGGUGUAGAGUAUAGACUGGAAAAAAUGGGAAUACGUGAUCCUUCGACGCAAAAACAUGCAUAUCGACUUUCAAAAACUUUGGGAAGCUCAUUGCCAGAAGUUUCCCAACCUGUGUUUUCCGACCGGAUAAAUCCGAAAAAUUCAUUAACAUCUGCACUUCACCGCCCGAGGCCAUCAGGAUCUGCGAGCAGUAGGAGACAACAGACGUUUCUCGAUAGUUCCCUAGCAAUGCUACCCUGA